AUGAAGCUUAGCAUGCUCCAAGCCGCACUGGAGGGGGAGGAGGCACACCACAAGAUGGCAGAGGCAGCAUGUGCAGAAGAGAGAAGGUUGGAAGAGUCUUGCCUCAUCGAGCACUUCAGCAGCCAGAAGGCACUGCAGGAAAGCGCUGUGGAGCAGCUGAACACUGAGGCGGCUCCGUUUUUGACGGUGGGGGAAGAGAAACUGUGGCGCCAGCGGAAGGAGCUGAAGUCUUGCCACCGCGACAUCUCCAGGUUGCAGGAGGAAGUCUCCCGAAGCGAAGUACGGGAGCGAGCUCGGCAAACUGCUGCAGAGAAGGUAGCAGAGUCUGAGCAGCAGGCUCGCGACUGGGAGAAAGCGAAGCGAGAGCAGAGCUUGCGGGAGCUGCUAAGCCUGCAGCGGCUGUCCUCGGAAGUGGAUGAGACUUCGCCUACGAUUGACUGCCCUGAAGCUGGUCAGAAUUCUGAGAUGGAUGACCUGCAGGAGACGAAUCUGCGCCUCCAAGAGCAGGUUGCAUCCUUGAAGGCCCUUGCAGAAAGGUUCCAGCCAACAGCGAGCGAGAGUUUUGCGGAUGUAUUGUGGGGUGCUGGGAAUCGGGUGAUCUCGCAGAUGAAGGAGGCAUUGAGGACCGACCUAGCCCUGACAGAGAAGCUCCAGGUCACGAAGAAGGAGCUCGAGGAUUGCUGCGACCGUGAACGGCGCCUUCGUGUUGAGCUGGAAGAGCGGCUGAAAGAACCCAGAGAG